UAUAGAAAUCAAAUAUUGAUACACCUUAUAUAGUGGACUCUUAGAGCAAAAAUGGACGCCAACAAAAUCGUCCAAUUUCACAACUGUCGGAUCCUAAGAAACCACCGUCUUAUUUGGGACGACCUCUGGGUCAGGAAUGGCAUCAUACAAAAUCCAAGACUUCUGUUUUUCGAAGAGAAAAAAGGCUCCGAUAUUAAAAUUGACUGUAAAGGAAAAAUUUUAUCGCCUGGUUUUAUAGACCUUCAAAUUAACGGCGGUUUUGAAAUCGAUUUUUCAUCGAACGUUGAAAAUGUGGAAUUUGGAGUUCAAAAGGUCGCAAAGGGGUUGUUACAGUAUGGCGUCACGUCUUUUUGCCCGACGAUUGUCACUUCACCUUCGCAUAUUUACAAAGCAAUUUUGGCGAAAAUUCAGCCGAAAAAAGGGUCAAAAAACGGAGCCGCUAUUUUGGGCGUACAUUUAGAAGGACCUUUUAUAUGCCAUGAGAAAAAAGGCGCGCACCCGGAAAAAUUUAUCCGAAAAUUAACUGGUUGCGAUUCUGUGCUUGAAGUGUAUGGUGAUCUAACUAAUGUAAAAAUCGUUACAUUAGCGCCAGAGCUCGACAAUGCCUGUGAGGUGAUCAAAAUGCUCUCGGAAAAAGGUAUAAUUGUGUCGUUAGGUCACUCAGUGUCAAAUCUAGAACAAGCCGAAAACGCUGUGAAUUCCGGAGCGAAAUUAAUAACGCAUUUAUUUAACGCUAUGCUGCCGUUUCACCAUAGAGAUCCUGGAAUAGUAGGGCUUUUGACUAGCAAAAAAAUCGACAAGCAAAUUUAUUACGGCAUGAUUUCCGACGGUAUACAUACUAACCCAGCAGCGCUAAGAAUUGCCCAUCGCGCAAACCCAAAAGGGAUGAUUCUAGUUACAGAUGCAAUUUCUGCAAUGGGCCUUGAACCAGGUACCUACCAAUUAGGGCAACAGCAUGUUACGAUUGACGAAAAAAGGGCAUUUGUAGCGAAUACUAAAACUUUAGCUGGAAGUAUUGCCACCUUACCCCACUGUAUUCGUCAUUUUAAAAAAGCUACAUUGUCUAGUAUAGAAGAAGCAUUAGAAGCGGCUACACUACACCCAGCAGAAUGUUUGGGCAUGGAAAAUACAAUCGGGACGCUAAAUUAUGGUGCACAAGCAGAUUUUGUUCUUUUAACUGAUGAUUUACAAGUGUAUUCUACAUACAUUGCUGGCCAAUUAGUUUACAGUAAUAGUCAAGUUAAAAUUUAGCCUAAUUUUCUGUUGUAUUUUUGCGCAAUUUUGGAGCACACACAGAUUUUGUGCUUUUUUCAGAUGGUUUACAAGUGUAUUCUACGUACAUUGCUGGCCAAUUAGUUUAUCAUAACAGUAAAGACGAAGUGACAUUUUAGCCUAAUUUGCCAAUGUAUUUUUACCUCACUGGUAGAGGUAGAGGUUCCAGCAUAUCCCAACUUCUAAGUGCUUGAAUUUAGCUUAUUUUAAAGUCAAACCACAAAUGCAGCUUUACUACACCCACUAAAAAGCAAUAUUUUGAAUUUGCCUUUUAAAUUUUUUCAGUUACAAAAACAUGUAUGUUUUGUGCCAUUUUUUACCCUUUGUUUCAUAUUUAAUAUAAUAUAUACCCAUAUAUAUAUUUACUAUAAUACUAAUUGUGUAUUUUUCCGUUAAGUUCAUA